GUUACGUUUUGAAUUUUAGAUCACUCAAAUUAUCAAAUUUGUGCGCAGUGUUCAUUGAUUCAUGAAUAACUUUCUCAUUUGAUAUCCAAUCUUAGUAAUUUAAGUUGGAUUACAAAUCCAACUCAAAUAGCUACAAUUUUUUUAAUUUCGAUUUUUGCCUAACUCGGACUGAAAAAUGAUCAAAAUCCCGUUUGAAGGGUGCAAUGAUAUUAUUAAAACUGAAACAACAUUUAUCACAUCCUUAAUUAAAUGACACCUAUUGAAAAAGAUAUAUAACCCCCUAAUCCCUCUCUAGUGUUGUACUAAACUCUUAAAAAUAAAUGAUGUGCCUUUAACUAAUUGGAUCUUUUAUCAAUAAUAAUAUUAUCAUUUACGACUAUGUGAUAUAAAUUUUUAUACAUCUAAUUUAUAUUAAUAAAAUCUAAAAUAAAAUACAAUAUCAUGUACGAACAAUUGAUAAAUUUUCUUUUCCAUGGGCCUAAAUUGGGCCAUACAAAAUUUGUUUACAUAAUAGUUAUAAUCUAAAUUUGGGCUUAUAAUUCUUAAUGGCCCAUUAGUUAAGCCCAAUUAAAAAUUAGAGCUCGAAAUUAAGCUGUUCUGACCGUUAUUUCCCACUAAUCCCAUAAUCACAUUCACGUUCACCACCCCACUUAUAACUACUACUCGUUAACUGCAAAUUACCGCACCACUAUUUAAUCACUAAUCACUUCUUAAUUAACCCCAUUUCCGUUUCAAUAACUCCGUUAAAAAUUUAUCAACUAAGCUUCCAUUUCGCAACAAUGGCGUCGUCCAAAGCACGCUUUCUGCUCGCUGCAACCACGACUUUGUGUUUCCUUCAACUGUUGCAGUGCGUUCGUUGCUCUGAGUUUGAAGUCGGGGAGCGAGCGGGUUGGGUUGUACCUCGCGAAAACGAAACCGAAGUGUACAACCAAUGGGCUUCCAAAAAGAGGUUCAAGAUUAGUGACACCAUUAUAUUCAAGUACAAGAAGGAUUCGGUGAUGAAGGUGAACAAGCAAGACUACAACGAGUGCAACUCAACGCGCCCUGAUUUCUUUUCCAACUCGGGUAACACAGCAGUCACGCUGGACCGGUCCGGUUUUUUCUACUUCAUAAGUGGAGCCACCGGGCACUGUGAGAAAGGGCAGCGUAUGAUCGUGUGGGUGAUAGCGCAGGAAGCUCCCGGUGGAACCUCACAUGCUCCAAACAAUGCCUUCUUCUCGUAUGCACUAUUUGUAUUAUUAGUUGCUUUUCAGUUUGCUUACCUUCUUUAGCCUUUUACAUUUAGGAUUUCAUCAG